CGGUACCCAAUAGAAAUUUAUCAGAUCUAUGGAUCUUAUUUCGGGUCAUCUCUAAAACCUUUGCCCCAAAAUACUGCUAUACAGACGCCCAUAUACAUAUCUCAGUCUGUAAAGAAGAAGAUGUUACGGUUGAAACAGCUGACGUCACCGAGAUCGGCGGUUACCCUGACUUCACGACUAUCCUUAUUAUUCAGAAAAGAAGAUCGUAAUAAUAAAGAAUUUCGUGUAGCAGCUACACGUUUCACCUCAAAUCGGUUUCUUCAUUUCUAUCAGAUUGGAAAUAAGGAUGCAAUCGAGAAAGAACGUGCUCGGCUUAAAGAUGAAAUGAAUAGAGGAUAUUUCGCUGAUAUGGCGGAACUCAAACAACACGGCGGUAAGAUUGCUACUGCGAAUAAGGUUCUUAUUCCAGCUAUGGCGGCUGUCAAAUUCCCUCAGCUACAAGUGUCUUCCUCAAAUGGAAAUUCUUUUAAACUGCCGAUUACUACUUUUGGAACCGAUGCUGGAUCAUUGAAAGCUGAUGCCCCCAAGGUGACCUUGAUGUGUCUUUCAUUUCGUGCAGCUUCACAGGGUAUGAAUGAUUCUUGGAGUGCUCCAUUUGUUGAGACGUUCAGCAACUCAGAUAAAGUUCAAUUAUAUGAGGUAUCCUUCAUCGAAUCGUGGCUGUUAUCUCUGGCCCCUAUGAAGAAGCUGCUACUUCUCAUGUUGAAGAAGUCAAAACCCCAAGAAAAUGGUGUAUUGCAGAAACAAAUAGCAUAUGCUUUUGGUGACCAUUAUUAUUUCAGAAAAGAGCUGAAAAUACUGAACCUUCUGACUGGCUAUAUGUUUUUGCUCGACAAAUUUGGUAGAAUACGUUGGCAAGGUUUUGGAUUGGCAACACCAAACGAAUUGUCAUCACUUCUAUCUUGCACUUCGCUUCUCCUGGAAGAAGAAUAGUUGUCUAAAUGGUGAUGCUUCAAGGACUUCUGCUUUGAAGGAUGUAUAUUUUGCAUUCAUCAGAUUUGAAAAGGGAGAGUUAAGCAGGUUUUGUUUUUUGUUUUUUUGUAGUUGUUGAGAAUGACACGUCCACCAUUUGGUUCCAGACAUUGUUAAUAACUAUCUUUCCCAAAAGAAAAUUAUAUGCAAUACGAAUUUGCAUCUUAAAUCA